AUGCCAAAUCCCGCCAUGGGUGUAGUAAUUGCAAGCGGAGGAGGGUCAAGUGUGGCGAGGAACGGCCGCAAUGCACAAACUGUGUUCAGCGAAAGCAAGAAUUCCUCGACCGCGGAGCAGAAUGCCGAUCCUUUCUUAGCGAGUGUAUCAGCCACUGAGGGUCACCUAGGUGCUGCGCAAACAUCCUCAGUUGUUCCUACGCUGAAUAUGGAACAACUAGAACUAGAACUGCAGUGGAUUACCCAAACCCACCAGUUACUUGCUCGCGAUGAAGAGACGCGUAAAGUCUGGGAGGUGCAAGUGUUACAGGAGGCCCUUCACACGCCGUUCCUCAUGCACGGGAUCCUGGGUCUAUCUGCACUGCAUCUGUCGCGAUUACGAGACGAAAGUUCUCAAACGAAGUGGUUGAGCAUUGCCAUCUCCCACAAAAACGUCGCACUCUCCGAAUUCUCCGAGCAACUUUCUAACAUCGACCAGUCGAAUGUCAAAGCAAUGAUGAGCUUUGCCGGUCUCGUCGUGGCAUUUAGGUUCGGAAGCUCUCUGACUCCUGGUUCCUCUGACGGUCCCAGCUUAGCCUCUUUGAUUGAUAUAUUCACACUUGCCCGUGGUGUGCAGACAGUUUCUAGCCAGCAGCAAGAGUUCCUACUGAAAAGCAAUUUUGCACCACUGUUCAAUAUCUCGCCCCCAGAACUGACCUGGCCGGAGGAUAUUGUUGAUGCUUUUCGUCGUCUUGAGGAGCUGAACGUCCAAUGUGGACAGCAAUUUGUCCACCACGAUACUGCAACCUAUGAGCGGGAUAUUGCCCAUCUCCGCAGUCUCUCGGCUUUUACCCUAGUACAACCUCAAUCGAUGACUCUCAUUGGGGGAUUCGCUAUUCGAGCUUCCAAGCAUUGUCUCCAUGAUCUCAACCGCGGACACCCGUUCGCUUUGGUCGUGCUGGCCCACUACUGCGGGUUUCUCCCAUAUGGCCCGGGAAAAUUGCAUCAUCUGGAAUGGCCGGUUCAGCAAGUUUGGGGUGCGGGAAGCGAUCAACUUGAGGUUCUAAUGGACAGCUAG